GACGUCGUUUAUUUACCGGGACAACUGCGUACGACCUUCCACUUCCUGUUCUCUCUUUUAGAAAUCUAAAACAUAACGUUUAGCGAGAUAACUAGCUAGAAUACCAAACAAUUCCAUGUUCCGUUGAGAAAAACGCUAGCUAAAAUCCGACAUGGCCCUACAGAAAGUAUGGACGUCGAAGAGUGUUUUAAACAGAUGUCUACAAGAGAUGGUUGCUCAGAGUCAUUUCCUUCGUGUAUCAAGUUUACACACAACAACCACUCAGCACAACUCCAACAAGACAUCAAUUGUACGAAGCAGUCGACAGAAGUAUGAACGGUUGUAUCCACUGUUGCUCGUACAACCCGAUGGUUCCACAAUUAACAUUAGGUACAAAGAGCCCAAGAGGAUACUCAUGAUGCCUGUGGACAUCAGUACACUCUCAGAGGAAGAAAGGAAAAUUAGGAUGCGGAAGCGGGAUCCCAGGAAGGGAGCUGUUAAGCAGAGGACAGUGGAAUUCGAAGAUGAUUUCAAAGUGGAUGAUUACAGCAAGUUUUGGAAGAAGUGAUAGAGCCUGUUGUAGCUAUUUAACUUUGACUAUUCUGCCAAUCAGGGUUUUCGAUUAGCCAACAAUUGUCAGCUUUUGGAAAACAAAUUAAUCAAUGAAAAGCUGUUAAAUAAAACUGUUGCAGUCCAAUGCCUGGUAGAAAAUAAACUCCCAUUGGAAAAUGUUAUUUAUUAAUUGAUGGAAAUACAUUUGACCAUCAUUCUUAUCGGUCUAUAGGUCAAUUUGCAUAAUAUAGUGGAAUAAAAUUGGCGUGUGUAUUUGC